AUGCUGAUAUUGGCUUUGUUGGCAGUGAUCUCACUACCAAUCUUGUUCAGCAGUGAAAGUAAGGAUGGUCUCAAAGAGUUGGAAUUCCCUUAUUUGGUGUCGGCACCGUCGAUGAAGCGAAGUAAUGAUCUCAGUUUGUUUCUUCAGAGGGAAGGCUACAGGGAUGAGGCCGAACUUCUACAGAAACUGGUCAAGGAUGUUAAUGUAAGGCUGUUUUAUAAAACACUACUUUUGUGCGUUGUAUGAGUUUAAUAAUCUUAAGUACAAGGUUUUUGUGUUAUUCUGUGUUUGUUUAAAUUCAUGGUUUUAUAGGAGACAACAUAUGAAGAUACCUUUUUACUAGAUAAUUCUAAUUGUACUAACGCACUCAGAAGGAGACGACGUAAUGGGUUACCUCUUAUAAAAGGCUUGGACGGCGGUUACUUAUAUGCCUCGUCUACAACAAUAUUAGUCGAUCGAGCUAAAAUUGAGUAAGCAAAGGCAUUUGAGUCAUUCUCAUCGUGUACAGUGAUAUUUAAUUUGUUAUCUAUUAUAUAUAUGUUUAAUCGGUUUAAAAUGUCUUUAAACCUGUAGUUUUCAGCGAUAAAGGUGUAAACUCAAAGCCGCCUGAAAGCGAAAUUUGUGUGACAUUUGCGAAUAUUGUGGAGAAUAUGUCAGAACGGCCGAAAGUCGUUGAGCUGGAUACGGACGUGGAUGAACAUUACUUUAAAAGUAUUGGGAAUGCUUUGUCUGGCCAAUGUGAAGAGUUUUUACCCUCCAUAAGAGAGACGAUGAUUUUAUACUUAAUUAAACUACAAGUGGUCGACCUACGGUUCUUAGAGAAGAUAAGGAACAGUGGACCUCAAAGUGAUAAAUUGGAUUUUAUUUUAGGUGAGGUUCAAUUUUGGUACGGGUAUAAAAACGCUAUGUUAACAUAAUGUGACUUUUCUGAAAGUUAUUUCUAUUCUUGUAAAUUACUAAACAUAACUCUAAUUGAAUAUUCAGGUCAACUUUACCUUGCACUAUCAGAAGAUGAAAAAGGAGUAGAGUAUCUGACCAAUCUGCGGGACACCAACAACCGUUUUGUUAUUCAAUUCUUUUUGGCUGAUUACUAUGCUGAAAAAUUGGAUUUUGUUAAGUAUAGGCUUAGUCUGGACAAAGCUGACUUGUUGAAUCCAGAAGAAUACGAAUUGAUUUUUGCUAUAAGUAGAGAUAAAGACCCUUACCAAUGUCAUACAGAUUUCUUAAAGUACAAAGAUGUUACACUGCACGCAGCUAUGAAGAGCAUCAAUGACGAGAAAUACGUGUAUGUUUUGUAAAGAAAUUUUUUACAUUUUAAAGGAUUUGGAGCAAAGGGUUAUAUUAGCUUGCAUUAUGAAUAUUUUAGAUUGGAGAGGAUAUUAGAGCUACAUCAGUCAAUAACCGAGUUAAAUGUCGACGAAGCCGAGUUCCUGAGUUCCUUGAUGGAGUUCUUCUAUGUCAAGUUUGGAGUACUUCAAGGUCAGUGCAACCUUUAUUUUUACCUUUUUGACAAUUUAAUUGGUUUCGUAUUUUAUGAUCUGCAUUACGUUGCAACGUUUUUUUAAAUUUAGGUAUCAAAUGUACUGAUGUGUUAAACGAGAAGGGCAACCUUAAAAUGAAAUGCACGGCUACAGACAUGGAAGAGUUCUACAAAGCUGCUACCGAAAAGUUGCGCGAGUUGCAGAAACAAAGAACGGUAGUGACUUUUUUGAUUUGAUAUAUUCUGGUGUUCUUAUCUUAUAUGCUAUAUAUCUAUAGCGAUCAAGCGUAUUUUAGACUGGCGAUAAAAAGCUUCAGAAGGCGUACCAUGGGAAGCGAACAGUGGGAGCCAAGGUUGACGAUAUAAACAGAAACCAGUUCAUGAUGAAGGUAAAGCCCUACGAAGGACUGGCAUUGGACGAACCUCCGCUUUCAGUGCAAUACCUCAGGUUUGUCAGUUUUCCAACUUAAAAAGUGUCUUUUACAGUAUGUUUACUUAAAGUAGUUUUGGACUUGUAUAACUACAACAAUUACAUUAUACGUCACUUUUAAUAUUAUUACAUUUACAUAGAGACAAGAACCCAUCGUUUUCUAUGCCAAAUGUUCAGAAGUUUUGUACGAAAGAGUUUGCGCAUAAGUCUACUGUAACUUCAGACUACGGUCACUUCAUUUCUGUCGAAUCACGUGGCUACAGGUAAUAUUUAAUCUAAAACUAUGAAUUCAGAUAGUUUGGAUGACUUCUGAUUUUAAAUUAGAAGCUAGAGGUGUCCAAGUGUCAACCUUAGUUGUGGGUUGGAUAGCAUAACUUUUCUUAAUGAUUAUAUUCUGAUUGUGUCAUUUGCAGUUUGCACGAUUUGUUGAACAAGUAUCUUGGCAUAACCCCAAACGAACUGUUACCUUUUCCUUGGGAAGAGCCGAACUGUGCAGCAAUUGAUGUAGACACCAUGAACAACAUAACGUUAUUGCAAAAGGUACCAAUUUAGUUAAACAGUAGCGCUUAGUAUUUUAAACGUUUAGUUUUUCAAAGAAUUUUAUUUAGGUAAAGGAUUAUAAUUUGCAUAACUAUAUUUAGAUAGAAACGAUACAAAUCUUGUGGAAAGAGCCGAAUCUGUUUCCAUCUGAUUCCGAUCGUAUGUAUCUGAUAGAGAAGUUGGAGGAGAUGAUCGGGGUUAACAGUGACGGCAGCUUUAUAUUGGCUGACUUUGGUCAGAGAAUCAAUUAUUUGAAUAAGUUGGUAGGUUCUGUUGCUUUACUAUAUGAUAUGGAUCAAUCUACUGUAUUUUCUAAAAUUUUUUAAAAUUUAAAAAUUGAAAAAAUUAAUGUUUUAUUAUUUGAAAACCUAUUUGGUGAUAGUAUUUUGAGUUUUGAUUAUCAGCCUAAUCUUAAUUUUUAGAAAAUUGGCCCGAAAUGGGUUCGAAACGAGUUGGCCAUACUGUAUUUCCGAUCUUUGGGGCGCUUCAGAAAUGCAUUGGAAUGUAUCGUUGAGAAUCUGAGCGGUGGCGACAUUGAAGAUCUUCCCAAUUCUGACAUGACUUUGGUUCAGCUGGCUUCCAUUAUCAGAGAUAGUGGGAUUGCUAACGAAGAUGACGACAUCAACUUACUUCUUAAGGCUGCACUGUUGAAUCAUCAGCAUGAACAUGUAGGUGAACUUGACAAGUAGUUGUUUGUAACCAUAUAACUGGCAUUAUGUUUAAACAAUUUUUAAAGACUUAUUGUGGGGUUGACAGUAACAUUCCUCUUGCUAAUAAUGUCUUCUUUACAGCCUCUCACAUACUACCUACUGUCCGAGUACACUGUAGACCCAGAUAAGCGGGUACAGUAUCUAUUGAGGAGUUAUCAGCUAGACCCAUCUUUCAUUCAAGUUCAAAAGCAGCUUUAUCGCCAAUACUGUAUGAGUCAAGGCUUGAUAGGACCCCCAGUAUCACAAUUCUUCCAACCAGUAUGUUGUUGGAGUACUGAGCACAAUAUUUACUGUUUCGGAGAUCCGAAUGAGGAGAAGAGUUGUUUCAAGAUCAACGUGGAUACUAACACAACUGAAGUCAAACUGUCCAGCUUCAGAUGCAGUCGGAAGUAUACGGUAAGCACAACAUGGCCGUUAUUGCAAAGCGUUUUGAUUAGUAUAAACAUUACUUUAUUGUAUUAUUUAAGGUGGUAUUUGAAAGUAAAAAUGUUUCUUUUAGGCACGUUCAUUUGCCCCAUCACCUAGAAUAACGUUACUUUUUGGCUUCAUGUAUCCGAUUGCAAAGUUACGCGAUCGAAAGAUCAUAGAUAAUAUGCACAAGUUACUGGCCGAGGAGAAGCCACGUCGAAGGGUCAAAGCUACUACUUUGAACGCUGUAAGUUAUAAAGCAUAUCUUAUUGGUCUAAAAAAAUAAUACGAUAAGAAGCUUGGUGAAAAAUAUCGUUUUAGUUGCCAUUGGACUACGGUGGAUAUUCGGUUGAAAGGAUCAACAAAUAUGUCAACUUGAAUACGGUAAAUGUGGAUAAGUUGUCUAACAAAUACACCAAUCCCACGGUGAAGAGUGCUGUGAAAGCGGAGAAGAAGGUGCUCAAGGUAAUUUGCAUAUUAUUUAAAAAGAUUUUCAUAGUCGAAUAGUACAAUCUGAAACCUUUAUCUGAUUUUAGGCGUUAGAGACAAUUGACUCUGUGCCGUGGAACGAGAUUGUCAAGUACGACAUGGGAUUGCCGUCGGCAAGUUUAUUUUGAUGGUCGAUUCUUGCAUUCUUACUGACAUGCUUAUGGUUCCAAUGCUCUUGUUUCAGCCCUUGCCAAUCCCAGAAGGUUACCUGAAAAGAAAGGGAAAGAACCUGUACGACUCUCUUAAGUUGUCGCCUCUGGACUCAUGUCAACAGUCUCGAGAUGCGAAGUUACUGGCACCGUAUUCGAGUGAUAUGUUGAUAACAGCCAAAGGGGUUGACCUGAAAGGGUUUAAGGAGUUGUACACGACAUCGGUUAACGGAUCUGCUGAACCACAUUGUCCUUUGGCGUCUACCACUUCGAUUUCUUUGUUUGACAAUAUGGCAGCUCUCAAAUAUCAGGAGAAAUUCAACUUUUACAAACCGGAAAAGGCUCUUAAAGAUGUAGGUUUUACCGUCUUUUGAUUCAGGUUAUGAUAGGUGAAGGAACAAAGAAUUGGGGCGUAAGUGGUAUGAAGUAUAGUACUACUGUAUUAAUAGCAUAUUUUUAUUACUUUUAGCCAUUCUUGAGCAUUACAAAAGGAAAGGACACGGUCCAAUCGCUGGCGACAAAGUUGUCGCUCGCAAUGUCAUCAAAAGACAAUAAAAAGGAUCUUUGGAAGUUGAGUACGAUAGCAGCGUUAUACUGGAGACUGCAAGGUGAUGCUGUCAACGCUCUGAACUGCCUGUCAUACGCGUUGAAGUACUCUCCGAAGCAAUAUCGAGUAAGUAAAUCAUCUUGCUGUAACCGUAAAAGACUUGGUGUUGCACCGCUCUGUUUGUUCCAUGAAUAACCCUGGUAAAUACAUACAUCUUUUUCUUAUUUUUAAGAUACUUAAAGAAUGUGUGUUUUUAGGACGUCACAGCUAACGGUCUGGCCAAUAUCUACCAUCAAGCUGGCUUCCUGCACAGUGCACUUCAUGCUGCUGACUUCGCACUCAAGAACUCAGAGACCAACGAAGUGUCUGUUCAUCUUACCAUUGCCAACAUAUACGCAUCUUUGAGGUAUUACGACAACGCUCUACAAUUCUACUACUCCACUCUGGCUCUACAGAGUAACUUUGUCUUGUCGCGUGAACGAAUUCGGGUGAUUCAGUGUAUUAAGAAUCGAAAAAAUUAA